AUGGCUUCACGUUUCACUCUGCUGGUUUUGUGCUGUUUCUUUACACUGCGCUGCAGUGAGAGUUUGCCUGAAUGGGUCAACAACAUUUCUACCAACCUCUUCAGUUUGUCUGGGGACAUUAUGCUCGGAGGGCUCUUUCCCAUUAACGAUGUCACCAGCAGCCUCAGUGACAUAACAGAGCCAAACCAGAUAAGCUGUGAAAGUUUAAAUGAUCUUGGACUGGGACUUGCUAUAGCCAUGAAAUACGCAGUGGAUGAAAUCAACGGAAACCAGACUCUCCUCCCUGGCAUCAAGUUAGGUUAUGAAAUCUAUGACACAUGCACACAAGCAUCAGUCAUUAUAAAGCCCACUCUGUCUUUUCUCACUGCAAAAUUCAACCAAGAACUACCUGUGCAGUGUAAUUACACCGACUAUGAGACGAGCGUAGUUGCAGUGAUUGGUCCUUAUGUCUCAGAAAUGGUGUCAGUCAUUGGAAAACUCCUGGGAUUCUUUUUGAUGCCACAGAUUAGCUAUGGAGCCACCAGUGACAAAUUCAGUGAUGAUGUUUCCUACCCGUCAUUCUUUCGUACGGUGCCCAGUGACAAAUGGCAAGUGGAUGUCAUAAUAAAGCUAAUAGAGAAAUUUGGCUGGAACUGGGUGGCAAUUGUGGGCAGUGACGAGGAGUACGGACAACAAGGUGUGCAGAUGUUCACCAAAUUUGCAGACAACGCAUCUAUCUGUGUGGCCUAUCAGGGUCUGAUUCCAGUGUACACUGACCCUGUGCCAAUGGUCAAAACCAUUAUAGGCAAUAUAAAAGAGACUAAAGUUGGAGUGGUGGUGGUGUUCACUCUUCCAGAGCAAAGUGAAAUCUUUUUUAAAGAGGUUAUCAGGAGUAAUUUAACAGCUGUUUGGAUUGCCAGCACAAGUUGGACCAUCGAUGCUCAAGUGACUUCUCUACCCAACAUUGAAACAAUUGGAACAGUCGUCGGAUUCCUUGACAAAAUAGGCACGCUCAGCUUGUUCAGUGAUUAUGCAAUGGAGCUCUUCAAGAAACUCAGUGCAGAGCGGGCAAAGACAUCCACUCCAACUACAAAUCUUAAUCAUCCAAACAAUCGCUGCCCACAAUGCUGGAAAUUGUCACUAGACAACAUUAGCAUAGUGGAAGCACCUGCAGUGCAGACGUCAGCUUUCAGUGUGUAUGCUGCUGUUUACAGUGUAGCACAGGCACUGCAUAACCUGCUGGAGUGCAAUUCAACUGCCUGUAAGUGGGGAUCUGGAAGCAAAAUCUAUCCCUGGAAGCUGUUGGAGACUUUAAGGAACACUUCUCUUAACAUAAAUGGCACACGUAUAGAGUUUGACGAUAAUGGCAACCCAAACAUGGGUUACAAUGUCAUUCAGUGGGACUGGAAACACCCAUCGAAAGUGAAUUUUAAAACUGUGGGAAAUUAUACCGAAGAGAAACUGUUCCUGAAUGAGGCCCUCUUUAAUUGGUCAGCUAACAAGGUUCCUACAUCAAACUGUUCAGCAAAAUGUGACACGGGUCAGGUCCACAGAGUCAAAGGCUUCCAUUCCUGCUGUUUUGACUGCAUUGACUGUCUUGCUGGCACUUACCAGGCAAAAAAUGACGACACCCAGUGUACUAAGUGUCCCAACCGUCAGUGGUCCCAGCAUCGCAGCACAAACUGCACUGACCCCAUCUUUAAGUUUUUUGAGUGGCACAGCCAGGAUGCUGUGAUAAUGAUGCUGGUUGGUACGCUGCUGCUGGUAUGUCUGGGUGCAGUGGGUGUCAUGUUCCUGAUGCACCGUGGAACCCCACUGGUAACGGCCUCGGGGGGUCCCUUGAGUUUUGUGGCUGUGCUUGGCCUGAUGGGAGCAUGUCUCAGUCUGCUGUCUUUCCUGGGGGCGCCAGGGGAUGUGGUGUGUCGUCUUCAGCUGCCCUUCACCUCCUUUUUCCAGACGCUCACCCUCUCCAUUAUAGUUCCAUCUCACUACAGACUAAUGGUAACCUUUCUUUUCGAACAGAUACUCUAUGUGACAGAGUUCCCAGAGAUGGCUGCCUCUCACCUGCAUUUGUUAAGAGGCCCUGUGAGCUGGCUGUUUGUGCUGAUCUGCUGCGCUGUGCAGGCUGGUCUCUGUGGCUGGUUUGUUCAAGAAGGACCUUCAUUGUCUGGAUAUGUGGCAAAUAUGACAAUAGACUUUGUAGAAUCAUUCCUCUCGUGUCCUGUUUCACCUUUGAUUGGAUUUGCCUUAAUGCAGGGUUUCAAUGGUGUAAUGGCCCUUGCAUCGUUCAUGUGCAGCUUCAUGGCAGUGAAGCCUCUUCAUCAGUAUAAUCUAGCCAGAGACAUCACCUUUUCCACCCUGAUCUACUGUGUCAUUUGGGUGAUCUUUAUUCCAAUCUACACAGAAAACAACAGAGAUAAUAACAAGAACAGGUCAGUUGUCCAUGUUUAUUUCAGCCUGGCAAGCAACUUUGGACUGUUGGCAGCCUACUACUUUCCAAAAUGCUACUUGCUGUUAAGGAAACCUCAUUUAAACACACCAAAGUACUUCUGUACCUUCUUGGAGGGCGUCCCACCAACUCAAGCAGAAGAAGAGCAACAGCCAAAAGCACAGGAAGGACAAUAG